GAUGGAUUCGGGCCAGCGGCAGCAAAGGCAAGCAGAACGCCUUUCCGACAUCGACGUUAUCAUCUGGGUGGACUACGGUGAGAGCCCGGAGGGCUCACCCCCAAGCCCAGAAUACAUCGAUCGCUUGUUUGUGGAGGUCGACUUGGCUUUGGGCCAAGGUCUGCGGGAGCAGAGGGACGAAGCGAUUCGGUCCUUGAUCCUGGCGCUGAAAGCAGACUUGACGGUGGCCCUUGAGAGCAAUGAUGAAACCAUCAUGGAGGCGGCCGUGCUACGCGCACGCGAGGUCGAGCUGGCAUCCAAGCGCGAGGUCGUGGCCUGCUUGGUGACCUCGCGUUUGCUGGCGGCUGCCGAGUCAGGUCGAGAAGCGGAGAUGCGUAACGCCAUGCGCUUCGCUCGUGAGAAAGGGAUGGAGCACCUGGGCGUCUACCACGAGGUGAGGGCCAUCCACGGCGCUCUCUAUGGCGAGGCCCUCCUGGAGCGUUUGAGUGCAGCAGCUGUG